GCGAGCGCUCGAUUUUCCUCACCUCCAUCUCCCCCCACCCUUUUCACCCUCUCCUUCUCCCAAAAAAUGUCUGCGGAGGACUUGUUCGAAGGCGCCGUCGGUAUCGACCUCGGCACCACCUACUCCUGUGUCGGUGUUUGGCAGAACGACCGCGUCGAGAUCAUUGCUAACGACCAGGGGAACCGCACGACGCCCUCAUAUGUUGCCUUCUCGGCUGACGAGCGUUUGAUCGGCGAUGCCGCGAAAAACCAGGCCGCGAUGAACCCGCGCAACACCGUCUUCGACGCCAAGCGCCUCAUCGGCCGCAGAUAUGACGACCCGGAUGUCAAGAAGGACAUGACCCACUGGCCGUUCGAGGUCAUCGAGAAGGAUGGCUCCCCCUUGAUCAAGGUCUCCUACCUCGGCGAGGACAAGACCUUCUCUCCCCAGGAGAUCUCGUCUAUGGUCCUCACCAAGAUGAAGGAGAUCUCUGAGGCCAAGCUCGGCAAGACCGUCAAGAAGGCGGUUGUCACCGUCCCCGCCUACUUCAAUGACUCGCAGCGUCUGGCGACCAAGGACGCCGGUGCGAUCGCCGGUCUUGACGUCCUCCGUAUCAUCAACGAGCCGACCGCCGCCGCCAUCGCCUACGGUCUUGACCGUCAGUCGAAGUCGGAGAAGAACGUCCUCAUCUUCGAUCUCGGUGGUGGUACUUUCGAUGUCUCGCUCCUGAACAUCUCUGGUGGUGUCUUCGCCGUCAAGGCGACUGCCGGUGACACCCACUUGGGUGGUGAGGACUUCGACAACACGCUCCUCGAGCACUUCAAGAACGAGUUCAAGCGCAAGACGAAGCUCGACAUCUCUGACGACGCCCGUGCCCUCCGCCGUCUCCGCUCUGCAUGCGAGCGUGCCAAGCGCACCCUCUCUAGCGUGACGCAGACCACCGUCGAGGUUGACUCACUCUACCAGGGUGAGGACUUCUCUGCCAACAUCACCCGUGCUCGUUUCGAGGACAUCAACGCCGCGCUCUUCAAGUCGACCUUGGAGCCGGUUGAGAAGGUCCUCAAGGACGCCAAGAUGAAGAGCGACAAGGUUGACGAUAUUGUCCUCGUCGGUGGCUCCACCCGUAUCCCGAAGAUUCAGGCCCUCGUGUCCGAGUACUUCGGUGGUCGCCAGCUCAACAAGUCCAUCAACCCCGAUGAGGCCGUCGCCUACGGUGCCGCCGUCCAGGCCGCUGUCCUCACUGGUCAGACCUCUGAGCAGACCAAGGACCUCCUCCUUCUCGAUGUCGCGCCCCUCUCCCUCGGUGUCGCCAUGCAGGGUGACGUCUUCGGUGUCGUUGUGCCGCGCAACACCCCCAUCCCGACCAACAAGUCGCGGACAUUCACCACCGUCGAGGACAAUCAGACCACCGUCACCUUCCCGGUGUACGAGGGUGAGCGCACCCAGUGCCGCGACAACCGUCUGCUUGGCGAGUUCGAGCUUACUGGUAUCCCGCCGAUGCCCCGUGGCCAAGCCGAGCUCGUCACCACCUUCGAGGUUGACGCCAACGGCUUGUUGAAGGUCUCCGCCAUGGACCGCGCCUCCGGCCGCAAGGCCUCCAUCUCCAUCACCAACUCCGUCGGCCGCCUCUCGUCUGCCGAGAUCGACCAGAUGAUCAAGGACGCCGAGCAGUACAAGCUCGCCGACAAGGAGUUCUCCGCACGGCACGAGGCCAAGUCCGACCUUGAGGCGUACAUCCACCAGGUCGAGAGCACGAUCACCAGCCCGGAGAUCGGCAUGAAGCUCAAGCGCGGAGCGAAGGCGCAGGUCGAGGCCGAGCUCGCGCGCGCGAUGGAGAAGCUCGAGAUCGAGGACUCGACGGCGGACGAGCUGAAGAAGGCGCAGCUCGGCAUCAAGCGUGCGCUCCAAAAAGCGACUGCGGGCAUCCGAUGAGCGGGCUCGUGUGUGCGCCAGGGCCUGCCCCGUCCUGGGUAUCGCCCGUCAUGACGGUGUGGGCUGGGAGGUUGGAGGCCGCCAGGGCCUAGAGGCGCGAUAGUCUGUCGUCGCAUGCCCCCUCCUGCUGAAGUGCUGCAAUAUUUACCGCUUUUGCUCUCACUGUUGUACACGUGUACUCCUACUGUACGCCAUUCUUGUCCAUACAACCAAUCAUCUAUUCUCUCUGUACUCA